CAGAAAGUCGAGGGAAAAAAUAAAGAAUGAGAGAAAAAUAAAAACAGUUUUGAUCAGAAAGGAGAGAGAGAAAGGAAAAAAAAAAGGAACAAACUUUUUCAUAGCCCAUGAAAAAAUGGAGAUCGGAGAAGAUCACCAUCCUUCAUGACCAUUGACCCUUCAGGUUCUUAUCUCUUUGCAUCCAUCAUGUAUAUGAAUCUGAGCGCUAAAUAAGAGUUUGGGAAGUGAGGACUGAUGUGUUCUGGUGGAGAAGGCAAACAAUGGAGUUGUGGAAAAGCGGGUGUAGUGAGUUUACAGAAAGUUGGAUCUUUAGUUCGAGAUUUGAGCGAGCCUUGUCUUUCACAGUCACAUAUACAGGUUGUUAUCACUAUCGGCAAAAUGCUUAAGCCAGAGAAGUGGCAGGCGUCUUUUGACAGUGAAGGGAGAGUUUCUGGUUUCCAAAAGGCCCUCAAGUUAAUUAUUUUGGGGGGUAUCGAUCCGUCUAUUAGAGCUGAAGUUUGGGAGUUUCUACUUGGUUGUUAUGAGUUGAGCAGCACCUCUGAACACCGUAACCAACUCAGAGUUGCUCGUAGGAAACGGUACAAUGAAUUGCUCAAGGAAUGCCAGACGAUGCAUUCAAGUGUGGGAACUGGUUCACUUGCCUAUGUUGUGGGGUCUAAAGUCAUGGAUAUGCGGAAAUCUUAUAGAGAUGAGUCAGUAAAGGUUUCUACUACAGAUGAAAACAGAGAAGAAGCUUGUCUAGAUGAUCAUGAUAAUACUGAAAAUCAUCACAGUGAUUGGAGUAAUAAUGGUACUGAUACAGCUCAUGUACACAGAAGAGGAAGUUCUAGUGAGUCUAUUGAGUUAGCAAGCGGAAGAGAAAGUCCAGAGAGUGUAGUAUACAAAUCUUCCUCUUUUGUAUCUGCUUCUAGUCCAUAUGACUUUGCUUCCCCUGCCGGUUAUUAUGACUUCCCCUCGCUGCCGGUUACAGAUUUGUUCGGGAGGAAUAGUUUAGAUAAGAUAGAGGUUUCUACGCCAGACAGUGAGCUAAGAUCUGGGGAUGAGGGAAUGCACCAUUUUCGAGUUGAUAAGAAUGCUGAUUUAGUUAGAGAACAGCAUAAGCCCACCUCAGAGAUCGAAGUGAUGCAUUCCGAUUCUGUUGGACCAUCGUCUUAUCCUGGCUUGAGAAUAUCAGAUGUCCCUGAAAUAGCGUCAAUAAAGGAGACUCCCUCUCAUGUUGGGAAUGUCACAGAAGAUCGAGUGUCUGAAUGGCUUUGGACACUGCAUCGAAUAGUUGUUGAUGUGGUAAGGACGGACAGCCACCUUGAGUUCUACGAGGAUCCAGGAAAUCUAGGAAGAAUGUCUGAUAUCCUUGCGGUUUAUGCUUGGGUUGAUCCUGCAACUGGUUAUUGCCAAGGAAUGAGUGAUUUAGUCUCUCCUUUCGUGGUCCUUUUUGAAGAUAAUGCUGAUGCCUUUUGGUGUUUUGAAAUGCUCAUAAGAAGAACGCGCGCGAAUUUCCAAAUGGAGGGACCAACUGGAGUGAUGGAUCAGUUGCAAUCACUGUGGCACAUAUUACAACUCACAGAUAAAGAUAUCUUUUCUCACUUAUCGCGCAUUGGUGCUGAAAGUCUUCAUUUUGCUUUCCGUAUGCUUUUAGUUCUGUUCAGACGAGAAUUGUCUUUUAAUGAAGCUCUCAGAAUGUGGGAGAUGAUGUGGGCUGCUGACUAUGAUGAAUCUGUGACUGAAGCUUUUGAGAAUGAUUGCUUGGAGCCUUUGGUGAUUCAUCUUCCGAGAAAAUCUGAAGCUGAGGUGAAUGAAGAAGCAAUAUAUGAUGGAAACGGUAAUACUAUAAAGCGAGAACCAGCAAUUUCAAAGAGUGGUCCAAUUUCAAAGAGCGGGCCAAUUUCAAAGAGCAGCGGUUUGUUGUCUAUGAGCAGUUUGCUGCCGAAGAGUGGUCCAUUGCCAAAGACUACUGGUCCGCUCUAUGAGGAGAGUGGGAUGAAGUCAUCAUCGUCAUCAUUAUCUGCAUAUCACUUCUGUGGUUUGACAAGAAGUCUUUGGUCAAGGAGCGAUAGAACAACACAUGUCCCUUGUGUAGUUUCAUCAAUCAAGAGAGGGGAUGAUGCUCUUCCUGUCUUUUGUGUGGCUGCGAUUUUAAUCAUGAAUCGACAUAAGAUCAUUAAGGAAACUCGCUCUAUUGAUGACAUGAUCCAGAUUUUCAAUGAUAAGGUUCUUGUAUUUCGAGUAAGGAGAUGCAUACGCACAGCCAUGAAACUUCGUAGGAAAUACAUGUACAAGAGUCAGGUAAUCAAGAGCAAGAGCCACACUCAAUCUCAGAAUCAAAACCAGGUUCAAAUCGAGCAUCAAACUCACAUGGAGAGCCAGAAGCUGGAAGAGACUCAAAGCCAUGGUGAUAACCAGAACCAAACAAAAAGUUUACAUCAUAGUCCUGCCGCUCAGAAUGGUGACUAGUCAGAUUCCCCUUAUAACAGUAUAAUAAGAUAAAACAAAAAGAAGAAGCUUAGACACAAGUAGGUCAUCUUUGAUAGCAAGUUUCCAAGAAGAGGUUUCUGUUUGAAGAUUUGUGCUUUGACUAUUUUGAGCUACCAGGAAGGAACAAGCAAGAGACUGAGAAGCUUGGCACUACACAAACUGAGAGUCUAGAGACUCAUAACCAAAGAGGUUAGACAAAUAAAAUCUUAUUUUCUUUUUUCGUGCGGGAACAAUUUUGAUUGCAAACCCUUUUUAUACUUAUGUGAAUAUCAGAAAAAUAAUUUUACAUUUUAGAAAGAAACACACAAAAGAGAAUCAAUCUCUGUUAGCUAUAGAGAAGCCUUUUCACGGCGAUCACAAUGUAAUAAACGGCAACAUUAAUCUAUAUCUGAAACAUAAAG